AUUCGAAGGGCCGUAACACGGAUGCAUUUACGCUUCCGUAUGCUUCCAUGCAAGUACACCCUAUGUUAGCUAGACUAUCCCAAGCCUGGCUGGUGGGAAAAUGGAGCUAUUUGUGCACAACCGCUGGCACUGCCGCCAGAUGGACUCGACAGCUGGUGGGAUUACUCCUAGCGAAGACGCGACGCGUCGCGCAACCGGUCGGGCGACAAGGGUGGUAUGCUGUGCCAAACGACCUUGAAAAACAUAAAUACCCUUCUAAUACCACGCACAUAUCUGCAUGGACAUUUACUGAGCAGCAAACUUGGCAUACAUGGUACCCAGUUCUCACUUCGCAAGUAAUCUUGCAUCAGAUGCUGCGAGAAACCGCGAAGACUCCCACGCAGCACACGACGACAUGGUAGCUGCACCUGCACGUUCAACUCCCUCAAGUCCGGGCUUGAACAACUACGCCGAUGAAGUCGUGCCAGGAGACGAUCGGUGCCUCAAAUGC